UGCUCUAAGCCCACCCAGGACGUUUGAGAUGCGAAAGCCUCGUCUCCUUUGCUCACCGCCCUGGUCGCCGUGGCGAAUCCCGCAACAAAACCCUAGCCCAAAACCCCCACAUAGCCCCCCCGCAGUACUGAACCCUCCUUUGCGGCUUUGCCUCGAGCCCCACCCCGAGCCACUGUCACACUCCGUCGCGCCUUCCGCCUCUCCCCUUGCGCUCCCGUCGAGCCGGCGGCGCGGUGCCCUCGCUACACACCCCCGGCGUCACCGCUCAGCUCCGCCGGUACCGCCAACGCGUUCGCCUCUCCCAGCACGCGAGCUAGUUGCUAUUUACACUGAGAUGGAUUCUGAGGUUCUGGUGAAAGAGGUACUGAAAGACGGAAGGGGGAAGGGGGAGGAGGGGAGCAAAGACGAAGCUGCUGUUCGUGCUGAGAUGAUUCCCGAGGUCUCGUUGGAAAAGGAAGUGGAAGGUGGAGGAAGCAAGGGGGAGGACCAGAGCAACGGCGAGGCUUCCGGUGAUGCUGAGAUGAAUUCUGAAGUCUCGGCGGAAGUGGAAACGGAGAAUGGAGGAAGCAAGGGUAAGGAGGAGAGCGAGGCCGAGGAGGAAGAUGGGGAAUCAGGGGAGGCUACUUCGAGUAGUGAGGAGGAGGAAGAGGAUGACGAUGAGGAGGGGGAGGAGUCAAGUGAAGCGUCGUCGAGCAGUGAUGAGGAAGAGCAGAGGGCUAAUAACCAUUGUGGUGUCGGUGACAUGGCGGCCCUCAUUGAGGAGGGCAAAUUGAUGGUUGGAAUCAAUGAUGACGAUGAUGAUGAUGAUGACGAAGACGAGGAGGAGGAGGAAGCAUCGCAGGGUCAUGUCAACUCCAAACAUGAAGCAGAGAUCCUUCCUCCAGUGCCGAAGAUCGAAGUCCAGCUGGAACCACAUCAUAAGGCACUCCCAGUGGGAACAAUUUCAUCUAUCAUGGGUGAGAGAGUGAUUGUUGAAGGGUCAGCGCAACACAAUCCCCUGAAUGAGGGUUCUAUACUCUGGAGGACUGAAAGCAGGACACCACUUGGUAUUGUUGAGGAAUUAUUUGGACCAGUAAAAAACCCAUACUAUCUCGUGCGGUAUAACUCUGUGGAAGAAGUCCCUUCUGGGAUCAGUGCUGGAACUGCUGUCUCUUUUGUUAUGGAAUUUGCAAAUCAUAUCUUAAAUGUGAAGGAGCUAUACACCAAAGGCUAUGAUGGAUCAGGAGAUAAUAUUGAGGACCAAACAGAUGAUCCUGAAUUUUCUGAUGACGAGAAAGAGGCUGAGUACAAAAGAUCAUUACGGCUGGCAAAAGGGCAGACUGAUAGGCAACUUGACUCUAAGAAGCAUUCUGGUGAUAAGAAGAGGAAGCAGCCCAAGGAUGCUGGAUUCCAUAAGGGUAUACCUAGGACCCAUGAUGUAGCAACACCAGCUCACCAAUCAAAACACCGUAUUUAUCGCUCAGAUAUGGCUCCUGUUGCUGAUAACUCGGGACGUUCACGUACGAGUGUACCAAUAAUGACACCACCAGUCACACUGAAUCCUGCUAUGGCAUCAGCCAUUCAGUUUGCAGACCAGAUUGGUGGCUGCUUCCCUAACCCAUCACACCAGUUCUUACCACAGCAGCCAAAUGUGGUUUGGCCUGGUGGGUUUCCACCUUCUAUGUACCCGAACAUGGGAAUUAACGGAGCUGCUCUUGCAGCUAAUAUUAUGCAGAACAUACUCAGUGGAUCCAAUCAAUACCGGCAACAUUACCAGAAUCAGAAUUUUGGUGGAUUCCUCAAUGGAAUACCCAUGAUCCCAACACAGUUUAUUCCGCAGAGCGGAAUGCCUGUAAAUCCAAUGCCUUUUGGUGGACCACAAGUAAAUCCUCCAUUUGGUCCAACAUCUGAACUGGGGAUGGGGCAGGGGAACUUUGGUAAUCUUGGGUACUUGGCCGGGGAUCAAGGGCUGCCGCACCCUGGGUUGCCUAAUGCUCAGGGAUAUGGGCGCCUACCAUCGUCACAUGGAGGUGGUGGUCAGCGUCCUAUGCAAUUCAAUUCUGGGCAGUUUAAUCAGGGGAGCUCGUCCUUAUCUGGAAGAAGGCCACAACAACAGGGAGGCCAGCACUCACAGGGGAGAGGUAGUGGCGGGCAUCACUAAUAGGAUAACUGGCAGGCGUGUAUUUUUCUUCUUUGCAGGAAGAGUUAUACUUGAGAGCAAUGCCUUUUAAAAUGCUUGCAGUUACCAAACAAAUCAGGAAGCCUUUUCGGAUGAAUGAAUCAGGAAGCUGAUGGUGGUAUUUUGCCGAGCCUCACAUUUUGGGAAGAUCUGGAGAAGUUCAGAUUUGGGGAGUUAAGCUGAUAAACUUGUACUUUCGCUUUCGGAAAAAGGCAUUUGCUGCUUGGUGCGAUACCUGAAAAAUGUGAGAGUUGUUUCAGUUUGCAUUUGGACGACAACAAGGAAAAGCACACCUGCACGACAUGUUUA